UAGAGAAGGCGAAUGUAUUUUUGGGCCAUAGCAGGGGUCGGGCCAAGGAGCCGGCCCCCCUUAACGUGUCUGAGAAUCCCGUGAGGACCUCGCACUUCCCGAAAGCUUUUCCAGGCCGCGGCCCGCCUUCUGCGACUCUUCUCGUCUGUCUCCAUUUUUUGGGGGUUUUGUUCAGCCCACACAAUGACGGUGGGGAACAUGGAUAGUGUCGAGCUGUUUGAUGCUGGGGAGAAAGGUCGUGGCCUAAGAGCCGGCAGAGACCUUAGCACCGGGGAGGUGGUCUUUGCAGAGGCCAGCUUUGCCGCUGUGGUCUUUGACAGCUCGUUCAUGCAGGUGUGCCACAGCUGCUUCCGACAGCAGGCCGAGCUCCAUCGCUGCGCCCAGUGCCAGUUUGCCUUCUACUGCAACCGCACCUGCCAGAUUGCAUGCUGGGAUGAACACAAGGAGGAGUGCGCGGCCAUCAAGAAGGCUGGCAAGGCACCCGCUGAAAAUGUUCGUCUUGCGGCUCGUGUGCUGUGGCGCCUUCACAAGGACACCGGCAUCGUGUCUGACAGUCAGCUGAUCUCAGUGGAACAGCUUGAGGACCACGUGUCCGACUUGCCGGAAAAGGACCUUCAACAACUCCAGAGCGAUGUUGAGAGUUUCCUGGGCUACUGGUCCUAUGGGAGGAAACGGCACUCCGUCGACUUCAUCUCACAUAUCUUUGGCAUUAUUACGUGUAAUGGCUUCACAAUGAGGGACCAGAACGGGCUGCAAGCUGUUGGCGUGGGCCUUUUCCCCAACCUGUGCCUGCUCAACCACGACUGCUCACCCAAUUGCUACGUUGCCCUCAACCACGGCAAGUAUGUAUCACACACGACCACUGAGGGGAAAGAAUUUUGUGGCUGGUUCAGAUUGCAGCGCCGUCGUCUUCGUCAAGGCUGCUCGAUGCGGGCCCAUAGAAACUCAUUUGCCGCUUUCUUUUGCAGCCAAACUUCAUUAACAAAAGCAAAACUUGAAGCGUCAAGUAUCACUGCACUCACGAGAGCGGGCCCCCCCCCUUCAUGUGUGCCACUGCCCUGUUUCUCCUCUCAGGUGGUGAAGUUGUGUGGUGAGUGCUUGGAGAAGCAGGAGAACGUCCUGGGUGACACUCACUUGUACAAGCUGCGCGCGCUCAGCGUAGCCAGCGAGGUGCUUUCCCGCCAGCGGUUGUUCUCCGAGGCUGCGGCGUACGCUAAGAGGAUGGUGGACGGAUACACGAAGUUAUAUCCCCACAACAACGCUCAGCUGGGCUUGGCCAUCAUGCGCGCAGGCGCCAUCCACUGGCAGUCGGGCCAGACCGAGCUGGGCCACAGCUUGAUCUGCAAAGCUUACGGCAUUCUCAUGGUCACCCACGGGCCCAACCAUGCCAUCACCAAAGACUUGGAGUCCAUGCGCAUGCAGACUGAGAAGGAGUUAAAGAAGAGGAAGACGUCACCCUGAGCCACGCUGAUGUCAAGAAGCAGCUUCUCUGUGGCCUGCAGUAGUCGGAGCAGGUCAGCUCAUGUAAAAAGAUGGCUGCUCAAGCACAAUCACAGUCAAGACUGAUUGUUCAAAGCAACUGGAGGACGUGUGGAAAAAAUAAAAUGUGCUGUCGUGAUCGCGCAA